ACGAGCCACGCGGGACUUGGAGGCCAGAUGCGUUUCUUUUGUGCGGCCGAGGGAGAAGUCGGUCGCAGCCAGGGCGGCCGGGCGCGCCCAGCCCCGGCCCCUGGAGCGCCCGCCGCGGUCCCCGCCUCCAUGGACGCCUUCAAGGGGGGCAUGAGCCUGGAGCGGCUGCCGGAGGGACUCCGGCCGCCGCCGCCACCGCACGACAUGGGGCCUGCCUUCCACCUGGCCCGCGCCGCCGACCCCCGCGAGCCCCUGGAAAACUCCGCCAGCGAAUCGUCUGACACGGAGCUGCCAGAGAAGGAGCGCAGUGGGGAAGUCAAAGGGCCGGAGGACAGCGGCGCAGGAGGCACGGGCUGCGGCGGCGCAGAGGACCCGGCCAAGAAGAAGAAGCAGCGGCGGCAACGCACGCACUUCACAAGCCAGCAGUUGCAAGAGCUGGAGGCCACGUUCCAGAGGAACCGCUACCCCGACAUGAGCAUGCGGGAGGAGAUCGCGGUGUGGACCAACCUCACCGAGCCGCGCGUGCGGGUCUGGUUCAAGAACCGGCGAGCCAAGUGGCGGAAGCGCGAGCGUAACCAGCAGCUGGACCUGUGCAAGGGCGGCUACGUGCCGCAGUUCAGCGGCCUGGUGCAGCCCUACGAGGACGUGUACGCCGCUGGCUAUUCCUACAACAACUGGGCCGCCAAGAGCCUGGCGCCAGCGCCGCUCUCCACCAAGAGCUUCACCUUCUUCAACUCCAUGAGCCCGCUGUCGUCGCAGUCCAUGUUCUCGGCACCCAGCUCCAUCUCCUCUAUGACCAUGCCGUCGAGCAUGGGCCCUGGCGCCGUGCCCGGCAUGCCCAACUCGGGCCUCAACAACAUCAACAACCUCACCGGCUCUUCGCUUAACUCGGCCAUGUCGCCGGGCGCCUGCCCAUACGGCACGCCCGCCUCGCCCUACAGCGUCUACCGGGACACGUGCAACUCGAGCCUGGCCAGCCUGCGGCUCAAGUCCAAGCAGCACUCGUCGUUUGGCUACGGCGGCCUGCAGGGCCCGGCCUCGGGCCUCAACGCGUGCCAGUACAACAGCUGACCGCCCCGCCAGGCCCCGCGGGCCCGCGGCAGGCGCGGCGCCGGGUCGGGGGCGGCGCGGAGGACCUCGCCACGCCGCGCCCCCUGCGCCCGCGCAGCCCUCUCCUCCCCACCUCCCCACCUCCGGGCUGGUUGUGUGUUUGCUUUUCUGGACCCCACUGUGCCCUCCCAAACGAGACGAAACAAAACAAAAAGACGUCGGAGAAAAGUGCUGCGAAAAAAACGGAUGAGUUGCAAUUUCCCUCGGGGUGGCGCGGGUGGUGUGUGUUCGCUCCCUCGGGCCGGGCGGACCGGACCGUUGCGCGGAGG